GCAAGCCCACACAGGCUUCUCUGCGCACGCACAGCAAUCCUCCUCCGGACCCAUCGGCAAGCUCCAGAACCAGCCGGCAGCAGCCAUAUAGAUUGGCCGUGGCCCCCGCCUCGUUUGCAGGCCAGGCUCUGACCUCUGUCUGCCGGCCCAGAUCAUCCCGUCGGCGCUGGCUUCCCCCUGAGACCCCGACCGUCCUCGAUCCUGCAUCGGUAGCCAUGUUUGCGUCCAAGAUCCUUGCCUUUGCAAAGUCGUCGCUGGCCAGAGACGCCAGCAAGUACAAUCCGAUAAAGGGCAAGACCCGGGUCGGCUUUGACCGCGGGCAGCCCGUCGACAUUUACCAUGAGAUUCAUGGCUAUGGCGAGCACAAGGUUCUUUUCAUCACGGGAUGGGCUGGCUCGUGCGAUAAUUGGAAGUUCCAGACCGAGUAUUUUGGACGACACGGCGACUUCCAAGUCUGCAUAUACGAAAACAGGGGGUCGGGAUUCUCGAGUGCCCCGCUCAAGCGCUACAGGAUGGCCGACAUGGCACAUGACGCCAAGGAACUGAUCCAGCACCUUGGAUGGAAAAAUGUCCACGUUGUCGGUGUCUCCAUGGGCGGCAUGAUUGCCCAGGAGCUUGCGUUGAUGAUGCCCGACCGAGUCCGCAGCCUGUGUCUGGCGUCGACCCACGCUGGUCGGGCAUUCCCUCCUGCAAAGUACGCUCCAAUGGUCAUGUCGACGCUCGCCAAGAUUGCCCUCGGCCUCGAGGAGAUGAAACAGAAUGUGCCCAAGAUGCUGUACAGCCAUAACUGGCUCUACAGCCCCGCACCACCCGAGACGGGAUAUGACACCAAUCUAGAGUACAUCCAAAAGUUUCAUGAUGGCCGGAUAGACGAGCGACCGCCGCAGUCGAUUGCUGCGGCCUUUGCUCAGUUCACCGGAAUACUGCGACACUAUGUUAGCGCCGCUCGUCUUCGCGUCCUGGCCGAGCGCUUCGAGAAGUACUCGAUUCCGGCCAUGGUGGUCCACGGAACAGAGGAUUGUCUCGUCCACCUCAAGAACGCCUAUGACCUGGCCUCAAAUCUUCGUGCCAGACUCGUUGUUUUUGAGGGCCGUGGGCACGCCAUGAACCACGAAGACAUCGAUACAUUCAAUUCGCUGCUCCUCCGGCACUUCUACACCGCCAUCCUCGGCAAAGAGUGCGAAGCAGCAAGUCGCGCCGGGUGGCAGGCCGAGUCGAGCACUCACAGCGAAAGCGGAGGCGCCCUUGUGCUCCAUGAUCAGUCGCCUCUCAGCUCGGCUCGGCAGCUGCUCGGAAUGAUUGCCAACGACCCCAAGCUGUACAUUGAGUGGCUUAGUGCCCAUCGAGAAGCCCUCAAAGCCUCACACUAGUCCACUGCUCUCGUACACGGCUGAUGCUGUCUGUCGUGCAUUGGAUGGGACCAUGCGGGCUCUGUCCCUUGCCCGAUGGAGGUCUAGCAAGAGGUUU